AUGCGCGUUCUUUUAAUACGAUCUCCACCAAUGGCGGGGAAAACAUCACUUGCACAACUUCUUGAGAAGCAUCUGCUGGAAGAACAACCUGGAACAAGAGUUUUUCGUAUAUCUCUGUUGUGGAUGGAGGCCGACGAUCCAGGAUGGACCUUUUCAGAUCGGUUUCGAUGGCUUAUGGGGAACAUCGGUUGGCGCCAAUUUGUCUCUGAAUGUUCACGUAUUGAAACCAUCUUAAUCGUAGAUGAAGUUCAGAAACUAUAUAAACCUGACAUGGAAGAUUCUGUGCCACUUCAUGGUGGAAAAGAAUUCUGGGAUGUGUUUAAGGACGUUCAGCAAUAUAGCAAGCUCCGUAUAGUAGCUUUUGCAUCAUAUGGGUAUUGUGGUGCAUAUGAUGGCAAUGUAACGAAUGUGUCACCGUUUCAACUAAGCGAACACAAUACAUGGGACGUAGCCGGAGAGUUGACCAAAUCUGUUAUCGCGCGUUAUUUUGCCCUUCUUUGGGGAUAUCUGAACAUAUGA